AGCCCCACCCCCCGCCCCGCGGCGCACGGCGUUCCCUGGGUGUUCCCAGGCGCUCGGUCUGGUCCCGGAGCGGAGCUGCUCAUGUUAACCUGCUCGGUGUUUGCGCUUAAAGGCCGAGACGUGUAGAAACACCUGGUGCUCCAGCAGGUACUGGCGGGGGGGCGCACCUCACUGCUUUCGCUCCAGACGAUGUAAUGUACACGGAUUCUUCUCCUGCAGGUGGCUGUCAUGGGGCUCGGACCGCGGAGCUGCUGGACUGUCCUCCUUCUCCUCGCCUUUGUUCCGCAGGGGGGCCAGUGCGUUUCUGUGCGUUUCCCAAGCCAGCAGCCUGUCUAUGUGAUCAACGGAGAGAACCUGAUCCUGCAGGCCCAGAUAGACUGGUCUCUGGGAGAGUCCAUCUCCAAGGUAACAUGGGCGCACGAGGCGGAGGGGACGAAGAAUUCUGGGAAAACUGUAGUGGCUGAAUUUCCCUUUAAAAGCUCUGGCGGUCGGGUGACUGUAGAAAAGGACGGAGCUGUUAUGAAGCUGUCGAACUACCAGAGAACAGACAGCGGCGCGUACACCAUAACAGUCUCAAACCAGCAUGGAGACCAAGCUUCAGCACGCUGCAGCGUCCAUGAGUACGAGGCUGUGCACCACGUGUCCGUGAUGGUGAACGUGUCCCACUCUGUCCUGCACUGUCGCGAGGCCUGGGGCACCGACCCCGUGUUCAGCUGGCUGCAUGAGCAGGCUGCAGUGACUGAGGCUGUGGGCAAAGUGUCUGCUGAUGGAAGUUCACUCCAGUUGUCCAUCCCACUCUGCGGACACUUCACCUGCGUAGUGUCUAAUAAACUGGGCCACAGCUCCGCCACCUACACUGGAGUGCCUUGUGAGAGAAGUAACGGAGGGACAGCUGUGGCCAUUGUGUGUCUCCUGCUUGUGCUGCUGCUGGCUGGAGGUUUGACCUUCCUGCUUUGGAGGAGAUGCAGGCAUUACAGCAGCAGAAGGGAGAGGCUACAAGAGUCGUAUGAAGAUACUGUUUAAUCUGUGUCCUCAUGUCUUCAGAAGAUCCUGCACACAUAUUUCGGUGAGGACAGAAGGGUGGAGGCUGAGCGACUCCCGAGAGGCCUGUGUCCUCUCCCCCUGCACUGUGAGCUUAAAGGAAUACGGCUACCAGCAAAUGAACAGCGUAUGAAACAGCAGGUUCCCUGUGAGGGAGUGUUGACAUUACCCAGUGCGCAGGUUUCCUGCUCUCUUUUAAACGCAGUUAGACACCAGCAUGUUUGGCUGAAGUACUUCUCUAAAGAAGAAGCCUUGGCGAAGGGAAGGAAGCUGAUGGUUAGAUGCUGUUUGAAGCUUUCGGGCAAUCACCCGCUGUCGACUGCUGCUUUCUGGUUUUAGCAAUACUGAGUUUGACGCAGAGCUGUUUGCGAAACACAACAUGUACUUCUCUAAUUACCUUAUACGUUUGGGGCUGCGCGCUUUUUUCAACUGAUGUUUUAUGCAUAUUUCUUUAAACUGUCAUGGCUGUGGUUGUAUCAGAUACUUACAAAUGUGCAGCAUAUACAUUUCCCAUGCUGUCUGAUAGUGAACCCAGAACCAGCCCAGGAAGCGGCGGUGCUGUUUUAGCUUCGGCUGCCUGAGGUUUUCAGGUAGGCUUUCAGUUCUCGAAGGGUUUGUAUGUGUGUUACUGUUCAUAUGAAUGUAAACUGGAUGGUUUGCCAACAUGUGUUUGUGUCUGAGGUUUCUGUUCUUCCUGCUUUGGUGUGUUUGUCCAGUACGCCACACGUGUUCUCCACAGCAGCACACAGCCUCAGGUGUUCUGUUGCUAUUUAUUUAUACAGUUUCACAAAGUAAAGAAAAAAAGUGGAGUCUAAA